AUGGCACAAGAACAAGAAGUCAAAGACGCAAAAGCAUCAUCUGAGGAAAAACCGAACAUAUCAACGGUGGUCAUAGAGAUGGCAAGAAGCUCUACUGCAUUAUCACCUCCUGCCCCUUCAUGGUUCACUCCAAAAAGGCUGCUAGUUAUCUUUUGUGUGAUCAACUUGAUCAAUUAUGUGGAUAGAGGAGCAAUUGCAAGCAAUGGUGUCAAUGGGAGUCGUGGAACCUGCUCAAAAAGCAGUACAUGCUCAUCCGGCAGUGGAAUACAGGGGGAUUUUGACCUGAACAAUUUUGAAGAUGGAGUUUUAUCCUCAGCUUUCAUGGUUGGACUUCUCGUGGCUUGCCCAAUAUUUGCAUCAUUAGCAAAGAGCGUGAAUCCAUUUAGGCUCAUUGGAGUUGGAUUAUCAGUUUGGACACUUGCAGUAGUUGGAUGUGGUUGUUCAAUUAAUUUCUGGACCAUUACAGCCUGCCGCAUGCUAGUUGGCGUUGGAGAGGCUUCAUUCAUGAGUCUUGCAGCUCCGUUUAUCGAUGAUAAUGCCCCUGUUGCUAAGAAAACCUUAUGGCUUGGAGUAUUUUACAUGUGUAUACCAACUGGAUAUGCUCUUGGCUAUGUAUAUGGUGGAGUGGUUGGUGGUCAUUUCAAUUGGCGCUUCGCUUUCUUUGGAGAGGCGAUUUUGAUGCUUCCAUUUGCUGCUCCUGUAAAUUACGUAUGUCUUCAUUGUGUUAAACCAAGUUUGAGACCACUAUCUAUGGCUAUGUCCACCGUUGCAAUUCACAUACUUGGAGAUGUGCCUUCCUCUCCACUUGUUGGUGUUCUCCAGGAUCAUAUUAACAACUGGAGGAAGACUGCUCUUAUUCUGACAUUGAUUUUGUUUCCAGCAGCUGUGAUAUGGUUUAUAGCUUUUUCGUCUGCAUUUGCUUUUCAUCAUGGCUCCUACUGCUUCGAUGCUCUUAAUUCCAUACCAUUACAAAUCUAUGUCUCCACCAUCUCCUCCUACUUCAACACCCUCAGCUACUUCUUUUUCGGGGCUAAGUUCUCUGCAACGAAAUGGGUUCAACAAGACAAUCCAAUCUUCAAAGUGAGGUCUCAGGGCAAAGAGUCUUUCAAGGCAGAUCCUUCUUCACCUGCUAAUGAUUCUGACAAGGAAAAGAGGUUUGAAGAAGCGCUUGAGCGUAGCUGCUGGUGCUAG